AUGGGUACCGGGAAGCGACCUGGCGAGGGUAUUGCCAUACCUAUUGCCUCGAAAAUCCAGCGUAUUUCAGAUGAUCCUGCAGGCGAUGCCCCAUUGCAGCCUGGUCAGGACAUACAGGUACUCAACAGAAAACAAUUCAAUCUACCAAGCCCUCCACCGACACAAUUUCAUCUAAAGAUAAGAAUCUCCUCCGAGAAGAAUGCAGUGAAGAAUGAUCACACCUCUCCAGCGCAUGUUGAUGGCGUAGCUUUGGACAUCGAGUAUCUUGACAGCAACACGGCCAAGUGUGAUGAAUUCUCUCAUCUCUCCUGGCUAGAGCCGAUGGAGGUGUUGGUGACCACGGGAGGCUCUUCACCUGAUCAACCUAUGGAAAAGGUUGGGUUCUGCAGGGCAAAGCUGAUCAGGCGGGAGAUGAUUCGCGGAACAUUCUACCAGACCAUGUCGAAGCCUUUCGAUGAGUCGGCGUUGUUAGCGUUCGAUUUAUUCGACCGAUUUGGCAUGCCAAAGGACGACUACGAGAACCAUGCCAUCAGAAAAGGGUCGUGUAGUUGGGGACCCCUACUCGAUGAUGGUGACAUUCUGCUCAUUGAAGACAUCAUCAUCGAGAAGCCACAUCGGCGGCUGGGGCUGGGGAGCAAGGUUGUUGCAGCAUUGCUAGAAACAACCAACAAGCGCACUACAAUCGAUAGUUUCGUCGCGAUCCUUUGGCCUGAAUCUUCCAAGGAGGUCCAUUUUGAGGAUCUUCUCGCGGCCAUAGUUGGGGACAGCGGAAAUAAUCGAAGGCCGGAGGUUUUUGACCAUCACGACUCUGUGGCGAUUGCAUGGACCCGUUCACUCGGUUUCAAACGAAUAGGUUCUUCCAUCUGGUUCGGUCUCCCAAGCUGGUGCGGAGACUCACAGGCUGCUGAGCUCGACAACGACCCUCCUGGUUUCGAACGUGCCACCCAAGAUACUUUGCCAAACUCAAUACGAGGUCAGGUCGGUGAUACAGAGUUCCUCAAAGCCACCCAACAAUAUCUCCAACAAAUCAAACCCGAUAGUCAGCCAUGGUUUGCCACUGACAAGGAAGCGAACACCUUGUUACACCUUGCCGCCCUGGACUUUCUUCCUGAGAGUGUAGCUUGGAUCAUGCAGCAGCCAGCCGCAGCUCACUUGAUCGCACUGCGCAAUUCCAGUGGAAAUACUCCGCUAGAGGCACUGCUGCAAAAGCUUGAAAUCGUGCGAACAAGGUCGUUGUCUGGCACAUCCAUCACCAUAUUAUCGGAUGACUUCAACGGCCAUACUCUUUCCAUGGCAAGAUGCACUGCUUUGCUGAAAGGUGUUAAAAUUGACACAGACAAAGACCUGGAACAAUUUCGGUAUGGCUGCACUUGCGGCGUGUGCAAAGACGGCUAUCUUAGUGUACGAAUGAGGCUUGCAUUGUGCUUCAGUGCCAAAAUGCUAUUUGAGCACCUUGACGAAGACCCGAACCAUCAGCCAGGUACUGAAUGGGUUGAUUACAAUGCGAGCAUAUUUUCUCAUCUUCCGUCUUACUGCAUCAGACUCCUAAGCCGCUACAGGGCGGCUCGGGAAGGCGGUAUGAGACUCUGUAAUCACAUCGCAUGUUGUGUUCAUGAUGCCUGCAACGUGCCGAAUGAGACCACCAUCGAUUUUAUCGUUGAAACCAAAGAGGACAAGCCCAAUUUCAUUGAGAAGUUCUUCCGGUGCGGAGGCAGCAUACAAGCACUUAUGCGGUGCGUCUUUCAGAUGGCAGUACAGGCCGACGACAUGUACGGGGACGGCUCUGUGCAGGAUUGGGACGAAGGCCGCAUUUACCGUGACCUAGAACCGUGCCGCAACGAUCACGAAUUCGUGCUUGUUGCCCGCAAAUGUGGUUACGAGAGCCAUCGUCUGAUCAUGGAUUGCUCUUCAUAG